AUGAAAAUUAAACAAUUAACCACACUAAAAAUUGCUGUUGUAAUUGCUCUCAGUUGUUAUACUUUAAUUUAUAGAAAACAAUAUGUUAUGAAAAAUUACAUUACUCCAUUAUAUUUGCUUGGAUAUGGUAUUGAUUUAAUUCUUUCAAUAAUUGCUCAUUAUUCAAUAAAAAGUAAAUUCUUUCAACAAUUCAAAUGUUAUAAUGAUGAUACUACAGUGAUAGAAUUUCAUUGUUUAUUAAUGAAUGUUUCACUUUCUUUCUUAACUACAAAAAGUCAUUCUGCAAUAUACAUUCAUAUAAUAUGUUUAUUACUCGUAUUUCUUUUAUCUAUCUCAAUUUUAUGUAAUGUUCAGUUUAUGAGAUUUAAAGUCCCAUUUACAUAUUGUGAAUUUGGAACACAUAUUUCAUUACUUUUUCUUUUAAUUUUUGUUCAACAACCUCAAUUCUUUUUAGCACCAUCAACAAUUCAGUCAUUUAUAAAAAAUUAUCCUUCAAUAAUAAUAAUGUGGAUUUUUUUACUUGUAUUAAUGGUAGUAAUUGCAUUUAUUCCACACCAACCAAUGUACGUUUCUGUCCAACGUAAAUCAUUUCAUUUUAUUGCUGCUUUAAUCUAUACAAUUGGAAUUCGUUCAAAUGCUUUAUUCUUAUCGGUUCUUAGUAACAACCUUGUAGUUCUAUUUGUUAUUCUUGAUUUUCUUAGAAUUAAACUCGCACCAACUGGUAUUCUUUCUCAACUUUUCCAACGAUACAGAGACUCACAUCAAGACCCAAAUCUUUCAUUAGGAUUUCCUGCUUUUCUUUUAUUAUAUGUGAAUACUUUACCAUUACUAUUAUUUAGAAGUCAUUUUCAUUGUGCAAUUAUAUCUUCUAUAAUCACUGUUGAUAUAGGUGAUGCAUUUGCAGCAAUUGUUGGAAGUUAUUGUGGUAAAUACUUUCCUAUAACUCGUUGUGGAAAUAAAACAUUAAUAGGAACUCUUUCCUUCAUAAUUACAUCAAUUUUCUUUGGAAUGAUUAUCAACACAUACAUCCCAUUAUAUUUAUCAUUUAAUCAACUGGUUUUAAUUUCAAUCACUUCAGGAUUAAUGGAAUUAACAUGUGAAAAUGACAAUUUGAUUUUACCAUUCUUUUCUUUGUUAUUUAUCUGA